GCAGGCGGGCCGGCGGACAGGGGGCGGGGGAGCGGAGAGGAAAGAAAAGAAAAGAAAAGAAGGAAAGAAAGAGACGACAAGAAAGUUGCGGGCGGGGGGAGCGCGCGGGGGCCCGAGGCCGGGCGCAGCCCAUUGUGCAGACCAUGGCCAAGGUGCAGGUGAACAACGUGGUGGUGCUGGACAACCCCUCGCCCUUCUACAACCCCUUUCAGUUCGAGAUCACCUUCGAGUGUAUCGAGGACCUGUCGGAAGAUCUGGAGUGGAAAAUAAUUUAUGUGGGCUCGGCUGAAAGUGAAGAGUACGAUCAGGUUCUAGAUUCUGUUUUAGUUGGACCUGUUCCUGCUGGAAGACACAUGUUUGUAUUUCAGGCUGAUGCUCCUAAUCCAGGACUGAUUCCAGAUGCCGAUGCAGUAGGUGUAACAGUUGUGUUAAUCACAUGCACCUACCGAGGUCAAGAAUUUAUUCGAGUUGGCUAUUACGUAAACAAUGAAUAUACUGAAACAGAACUGAGAGAGAAUCCUCCGGUAAAGCCAGACUUUUCUAAGCUUCAAAGGAAUAUUUUGGCAUCUAAUCCCAGGGUCACAAGAUUCCACAUUAACUGGGAGGACAACAGUGAAAAACUGGAAGAUGCAGAAAGCAGUAACCAAAAUCUACAGUCACUUCUUUCUACAGAUGCAUUACCCUCAGCAUCAAAGGGGUGGUCAACAUCAGAAAACUCAUUAAAUGUCAUGUUAGAAUCUCAUAUGGACUGCAUGUGACUUAACUACCAUCAUUUUGGUACUGUACAUGAGUUAAGCUGUAAAAACAACCGGAACUAUUUCCCUCAAAUUCUAUAAGUACAUAGUCGACAAACAAUGUGAAGAAUUUGUUUUAAAACAUUCUGUAGAAAGUUUAUAAGAGAAACAACAGUAUUUGAGCAAAUUGUGGAAUAUAAAUACAACUAUUUUUAAGUA